AACAAUUACAACGAACUAAAACUGCAUUAUUCCCUCAUAAUCGUUUGGAUAAUACAAUCGAAAAAAUUACAAUAACAGAAUUUCAUAAUAAAGAUCCACAAGUAGAAUUCUCAUCUUUUGAUGGUGAUACUGAUUGUCUUAAUUCCAAUGAUGGUGAAUUUGCAAAUGCUUUGAAGAACUUGCACGUAAUAACCCCGUAUUACACGAGGGUAUCGAUCGAAGAAGCGUUUAACUGGAAUGAGGUGGCAAUUUCGAUUCCAAAUGUGGAAGGAGAAUGGUAUAUCGUAGCAUUUAGGUCUAUUCGUCGAGCCGAUGCGGAUAGUGUUGCAUUGUACGAAGCAGACUAUAAAGCUCAUAAUGAAGCGAAGUUAAACGGAGGACUGCUGAAGUAUUGGUAUGGAAAUUUAAAUGAAAGUCGUGAAUGUCUCGCAAUGUGCAUAUGGUUAAAUCGAGAUUACGCACGUGCCGCAAACAGGAAACCACAUCAUAUUGAAGCAAUGAGCUUAGCAGCUCGAAU